CAGCGAGCCGGGGACUGAAAAAGCAGCCCGACGUUAGUCCAGACAGUCUGCUGUGUGAUUCAGGCAUGAUGUGGAGUUUUUUGGGACGUUUAUCAAGCUGGCCGGCUGGUAGCAUUGGCUGACUAAAGCCUAACGUUAGUCUCUCGGUGUCUCGCGACCUGGAUCUGUUUACUCCUGAAUGGUUUUUGUCGUUUUUUCCACUUCUGUGUUUGGCUGUUUUUUCUUUUUAAAAAUAUAUAUAUAUAUUUUUUUUUUAAGUGGACUUUGCCCCUCAGCGGUGUUGUAGCUACCCUCUUCCUUUCCUUCAUUAAAUAAUAAUAAUAACAAAAAAAAUAAAGCCUCUAUUGAUUCUUCUGUUGGAGAAUUUAAAAAACUUUGGAAGAAACUUUUUUUUUUCCCCUUUUUUUUGGGAGGUAGAAAGUUUGGAAAGUUGAGGAUUUUUUUUUUUUUUUUCCGAGCCUGUGGAAAAAUGGAUGCGGGUAUAGAGAAGGAAUGCAGCGCCUUGGGAGGGCUCUUCCAGCUCAUCAUGAACGACAUGAAGGCCAGUUAUCCAACAUGGGAGGACUUUGUAACCAAAGGAGCCAAGCUACAAUCACAGCUUAGGACGACCAUCGUGGUGACCGGAGCCUUCCUGGAUGCUUUUCAGAAGGUGGCAGACAUGGCGACUGGGACCAGAGGUGCCACCAAGGAGAUUGGCUCAGCGCUAACCAGGAUGUGUAUGAGACACCGCAGCAUCGAGUCCAAGCUCAAACUGUUCACCACAGCUCUCUCAGAAGGUCUUGUCACUCCGCUGGAGUUGAAGAUGGAGGAGUGGAAAAAAGUGGCCAGUCAGCUGGACAAAGACCAUGCUAAAGAGUACAAGAAGGCCAGAGCAGACAUCAAGAAGAAAUCGUCAGACACUAUCAAACUGCAGAAGAAGGUGAAGAAAGGGAAGGACGAGGCGCGGGGCCAGCUGGACAGCGCGCUGCAGGAUGUCAACGUGCGUUACGCCGUCCUGGAAGAGACAGAGAAACGGGCCGUGUGCAGAGCGCUGAUAGAAGAGAGAGCGCGCUACUGCAGCUUCGUCAGCAUGCUGAAGCCUGUACUGGACCAUGAGAUCAACAUGUUGGGUGAGGUGACCCACCUGCAGACUAUUCUGGAAGAUCUGACCAACCUGACAGCAGAGCCCAAUAAACUCCCAGCUGCCAGCGAGCAGGUGAUUUUGGACUUGAAAGGUUCGGAUUUCAACUACAGCUACCAGACACCCCCAGCUUCCCCCAGUAACACUCUCUCCAGGAAGAGCAGCAUCAGCAGUAACUACCAGUCUGGAUCAGUGAGACACGUUCCCUCCUUGGACUCCAUCAGCUGUGCUGUCGAUGGAGUACACAUCCAGGAUGCAGUCGGCUCCACCAAUCAGCUCGCUGCUGGGGGCGGCGGAGGGGCAGAGAACGGCUUGUUGCCCCCCCCCCACAACGCCUACUCACACCACGGAGAGAGAGCUCGAGCCAUGUCGGCGUCUGGGAAGACUUGCUCGGCCCGGGAUCAGCUGGCCCUGACGUUGGGUGCGUUGAAUUCAGACGCCCCGAGAAGCAGCAGGGACUCUCUGCACUGUUCCAGCGGCUACAGCACCCAGACCACCACCCCGUCCUGCUCCGAGGACACCAUACACACACACACUGUAAAGAGAGAUCCUCCCCUCUAUGUCGACUACGAGUCCAUCUCUCUCCACGGAGACGCUGACUCCAUCUCCUUGCACCACCUCUCCCACGGCAACAGCCAAUCAGACUUCGACAAGUCCUCGACCAUCCCGAGGAACUCCGACCUCAGUUUCCAGUACCGGAAGUUUGCUCAGUCCAAGCGCCCGGCCUCCACGGUCAGCCUGCUGGCCGAGCCCGACUUGUUUGGCCGGUCCGGCCGCCCGCUGGCCUCCAACACGGCCACCAUCAGGCGCAAGCCGUCCUCCAAGCCCGCGUAUCGCCGGGGCACGAUCAGCGGGGGGGUCCCCAUACCCAUCUGCACCCCCCAGGUUCCCCUCAAAGCAAUCGUCGCAGGAAAUGGAAAUGAUGGCAGCGAUGAGAAUGUGUUCGCGGCUCCCUCUCCUGUUGAAGCAGGAGGAGGAUUAGGCUUCAGUAAACUCUGCAGCUCCACGCAGAGCCUCAGCGCCUUAGCUCCCUCCUCUCCGUACUACCAGCUGGUCCCAGGUCACAUGCCGAUCCCCGUGCCCGUACCUACCGUACCCUCCCUGCCACCAGAGGGCAGCAGCGCCAAGCAGCAGCAGCAGCAGCAGCAGCAACAACAACAGAGACUGUACCAGCAACAGCUACAGCAACAGCAACAGCAGCAAAUCAACCAACAGCUAAAUCAUCAUCAGCAACACAGUCAACUACAGCAGCACAACCAGCAACUCCAGAUCCAGCAGCAGCAACUCCAGCAACAGCUUCAGCAGCAGCAGCAGCAACUCCAGCAACAGUUUCAACAUCAGCAGCAACAGCUUCAGCAUCAGCAGCAACUCCAGCAACAGUUUCAGCAUCGACAGUCACAUGACCAGUAUGAGCUGCACCAGGACCAGCAGCUCCAGGCCCAGUUCCAGACCUCCGCUGCCCAGGGAGAGGCCUCCAGUCUGGGCCACAGCGCUCACUGCCGGCCCCUGGCUCCCCCACCCUCCAGCCAGCACCCAGACCCGGACCAGGACCAGGAGCCACUGAGCCAGGAGGGACCAGGAAACAUGCUGACCCAGAUCAGAGGAGUGAAGCUCAAAAGGACCCUCACCAACGAUCGCUCCGCCCCUCUCCUGCCUCCUCCGACCAAUCACAAAUGAGGCUUUUUUUUGCUUUGCAGACGGCACACAUGAAACGGAUUGUAGACCGAGUCAUUGCUGGGACUCGUGUGUCUUAUUUUAUUUUCUGAAUAUCUGCUUCCUGUUAGGCUGUUUAGAUUUACUUCUUUUAAAAAAAAAAAAACUUUGCCAUCAUUUCCUGUUGCUGCCGCGGAUGUCUUUUGCCUUUUUUUU